AUGAAAAAGAAGAAAGAGACUUUCAGUGAUCCUGUGUCUCUGAGCUGCAACCACAGCUUCUGUUCCAGCUGCCUGCACGCAGUCUGGGAACAGGCUGGCAACAAGAACUGUCCCAUUUGUAAAAGAAAAUCCUCUAAAGAUUAUCCUUUGGUGAACUUUGCACUAAAGGAACUGGCUGACAAGUUUGCUGAGAGACAGAAAUCUGGAUCAUCUGAGACAGAAGAAGGACAAAUGGUGGGGGUGGUGUCUGGUCUACAACAAGAAGAGCGUAUAGAGGUAUUAAGAUCCAGAAGAGAGCCCAGUUCAACAUUCUGCACCAUUUCCUCCAGACUGGCAGCUCUGAAGGAGGAAGAGCAGCAGAGGGGGGAGGCUGUCUCCAGAGAGAUGAAGAGGAUUCAGGAGCAGAUGUCCUCUCUGUCAGACAGCAUCUCUGCUGUGGAAGCAGACCUGCAGAAAGACAGCGUGCCGUUCCUCAGCAGUUAUAAAGAGUCUCGGACCAGAGCCAGAGUCCAGAGCUCGCUGGCAGACCCACAGCUGAUCUCAGGAGCACUGACAGAUGUGUCCAAACAUCUGGGCAACCUGGCCUUCAGAGUCUGGAAGAAGAUGAGGGACAAGGUCCACUUCUGUCCCGUCAUUCUGGACCCAAACACUGCAGAAUGCAGUCUCUAUCUGUCUGAUGAUCUGACGGGUGUGAGACAUGGAGACACAAAGCAGAAGCUUCCAGACAAUCCAGAGAGACACAGCAGGUAUGCCAGUGUUCUGGGCUCUGAGGGUUUCAGAUCAGGGACACACAACUGGGACGUGGAGGUGGGACAUCAUCCUCACUGGGUUGUGGGUUUAGCCAAAGAGUCAGCUGACAGGAAGGGAAAACUUUUUGAAAACGGGUCGAAUUCGACCCAAAGACCACCGGAGUGUAAAAUCCUUGGACCAGGUCAGUUCUGCGGAGGUUUCCAUAACGUGUCAGGUUUUUGGAAGUCUAAUCCCAGCCCCUGUCCCGUCCCGCUCCGUCUCCCUCUGUCCUUCACGUCCUCAGUAAUCCUGUUAGCAGCGUCCUCUGUAAUCCAGAUCCCUUCAGGUCUCUACAACGUCGUCUCUGGAGCUCUGUGCGACGCAGCUGGACGCACACUGAACAACUCAGUUUUCCAGUUCUUUGAGAUUUAA